AUGCCACCGCCAGGAUCGCCACCUCAGCAAGGAGCUCAACAGCCACAGCAACAACAGCAGCCCCCACAUCAAAUAGGCUCUUAUGGCUUGCCGCCACCAAGGGGUCCGCACAUGACGAGCGGUCCACCGUCAUUCCCUGGCGGUCGCGAACUUCCUGCCCUUGGUCACAUGCCGAGGACAAAUAGUACCGGCAGCUCCAUGUCGAUAUCCUCGAUGUUGGGAGGACCACCUUCGACGUCUCGCGACUCUCAGCCGCCGCCUUCGCAGUAUGCUCCCCCCACGACGUCAGCCGCUUCCGGUCCGACCUUUGCCCCGUCCGUCCAAGCAUCUCCGCGGAUGCCUUCUGCCGCCGCUGACUACCAACCAUUUCGAAGACCAUACACUCCCGACCACCCUCGACCGUAUGACCCACGAGGCGAUCCUAGAGGCGAUCCGAGGGCGGACCCGCGAGGUAGUGUAGCGGCAUCACCACAGAAAACGCAUUCAACCACGCCCGAGAUGCAGCGCUACGGAACGCCCCAGUCCUACCACCAGCGAGCGCCCUCACAGCAAGAAAGCAGGGAGUCGAGUCGCAUACCUGGUGGCCCUCCCAGACCAAAUAGCCCGCCCAAGUCGUAUCAGGGUGCGCCUCCACGACAGGGAGACUUGGGCCGAGCGCCGGGCCCAGAAGACGCUUAUCAGCGGCGAGAAGAGGUGCCCCCCGGCGCGAUGGAAUACAACCCAGAGCGGCCCGGGCUCAAACCGUUUGCUUACGACGACCGUUAUAGGGCGGAACGCGAGAGACGUGAUGAGAUGGAGUUAAGGGAACGAGAGCGACGCGAUCGCGCGCAUUCGGGAGGAGAAGGAGGGCGAGGCCAUCCUGCGCACCAGCCCGAUUUCCGACAACACGAGCCGCCACGAGGCCAGGCACCUCCAUACAAUCGUCCACCUGAUGCCCGCGACCAUGCCCGCGACCAUGCUGCCUGGCCCCGGCCGCCUUAUGAGCAAUCCAGGGCGCCCUAUGAUCCUGCCGGAUUUUAUCCGCGACAUCCUCAUCCCGAGCAACCCUCCACUGCUGGACCUGGCUAUCCAGGCCACGCCGCUCCAGCCUAUGGCCAGCCUCCCCCUCCCGACCGCUACCCGCCCAGUUCCCAUCCUCCGUCAUCCCAUCCAAUGCCACAGACGGGUCCGCCGAACCAGCCCCAGCCGUUUGAUUCCCCUGAGCGCGCGCGCAUGAACCUUCUCCACCCGCAAGCUCCACAGCCUCCGCCAGGUCACAGAAGGCCACUCGAAGAAGGCCCGCCGCCGCCAUCCGUCGCGUACAACCCGGCACAUGGAUCGAUGUACGACUCGCCGAGGCGGCCGGGCGAGGAGGGCCACGCGAGCCAGCGCAACCUUCUGGCCAUUCAAGAGAUCAAUCGCAAAGGUCGCAUUUCUCCUCUUCCGCAGGCUGUGCAGGGGGCUCAACCCCAGAUUUCCGCCCCUGGUGGUGAGCCAGGCAUCAAGAGCGAAUUCGGUCGCAUGUUCUCCGGCAUAGGGAGUGGAGUUAGCGGCAUCGUCUCGAGCCCUGUCGCGCCCGGGGCGCAACUUGCAUACACCAACGCCAGCUUGGCUCGACGUGAUGAAGUGGACGCUCCUUUGCAUGAUUCUGGACCUGAAGUGGGAGGCAAAGCACCUGCCAAGGGCAAGCGAAGGAAGCUGAAAGACGCACCCGAUGUCAAGGUCGACGAGGACAGCAGUGGACGACUCACACCCGCUGGUCGUACGAAGCGUGCCAAGACGCACCAGCACCAUCAUCACCACCACCACCACCAUCACCACCACGAGCCCGAUCAACACCCAGCGGCGGCACACGCUGGCGUCGCACCCUUCAAGAACACCAAGGGCGGCACUCCCGUUCCUUCGCCCACGAUCGGCGGCAAGGACCCUUCAGCCGGUCAUCAUCAUCACCACCACGCCGUGCCACGGGCAAUGCCACAGGUGCACCUUGGAAAGGAGCCACAUGUCAAGACGCCCCUGGCCAGCCCCACGGUCACGUUGCCACCUAGACCCAAGACAAUCGUCACGUCAAAAGAGGUUCUCCAAUCGGUCGCCAGCCGCCCGCGUCAUCAUUUGGGAGACGUAGUGUAUGAACCAAGGUUGCAACCAGCUCGGCAGCUGCAGAGGCAGCCUUCUGACGUGGGAUUCUCGUCGACGCCGGUUCCUCUGCCCUGGAAGCUCAUCAAGGACAAGGAGAACUGCACCAUGACAGUCAAGGUAUCCCGCACCCACCUUACCAAGGAAGCGCGCGAGGAGAUUACAUAUCGCAGAGCACUGUGGGGCACCGACGUGUACACGGACGAUACGGACGUCGUGGCGGCGUGCAUACACGGAGGCUGGAUCCGAGGCGAAUGGUCCAAUGUGGACGUCAACAUGUUGGACCUCGACCGCGGCAUCUUGUUCCAGGACAAGGAGCCAAUACCCAACAAGCGACGCAAGGAUAAGGAGAGAGACGAGCAGGCCCGACAGGACGCCAACAUGGCGACGUAUCUCGACAAGGCACCCAACACUGGCCCCGUUCAAGUGCAACCUGAUCGCGAUAUGCAGGUGACGAUUCUCAUCCUGCCCCGGCUCGAAAAGUACAGCAGCACGGUGCGGUUUGGGGUCAAGUCUCGCGAGUGGGGCGGCACAUAUGGCGGACGCAAGUCAGUCCACGACGGCAUCAGCUUCAUGAUCACGGCCAUCCGCUGGGUCGACAAUGGCGCCGGAGCACAGAGCCGACUGCGGGGCAAGGCUCGACGCGAGCGCAUGCGCAGGGCCAUGGCGGAAGUAAAGGCUGUCAACUGGCCCGAGGCCAACGGCCAGGCCAGCCCUACGGACAAGGGCGACAAGGCGCCUAGCGAGGGCGACAAGGAAAAUCAGCCAGUUGAGAGGGCUGAGGAACCAAGUGAGCAGGGUGCGGUUGAUGACGCGCCUGCCAGCGUUGCUGAGAAGCAAACGGAGAAGUCGGAAGUGGAAGUGAAUGGCGAGAAGGGCUCGUGA